GUGCGUGCGUGAGGGCUGGUCCAGGAGCGGAGACGGCGGAGGAAGGAUCUCCCGGCGUGGAGGCGGCACAACGCAGCGGGGGAAGGAGGGAACGGCGAUGCCCAGUCGCCGGUAGGCCGGUGCUCCAUCCGCGGACCCGUUUCGCAUCGUAACCCGAUCCAAGAUGCCUUCGAGCGGACUCACGGUGGGCAAGAGCGGGACCCUCGUUCUGCUCUGCAUGCUGCUGGGCUGCGGGGAACUCCAGGAGCCGGAGCCGCGGAGGCUGCCACCCCCGCCGGCCAAGUUGGACUUCGGCUACGUGCCCGCCGGAGUCUACGAGACCGUGGCCCACUACGAACCGGGACCCAUCGGCAUUCUGUUCCACAUGGUGCACACUUUCCUGAGCCUGGUGCAGCCCAACGACUUCCCACAAGAUCUUCUCAUCAGGCUGGCCAAGGACAAGUUUGGAGCCCUUCAGACUGAAUAUCAGAAGCCGGAGAACGUAGUGCUGAGCCUGCAGGCGAUCUACUACGAGGUGGGCUUCCUGGUGUGCGCGGCGCUGGGCGUCCUGUUCGCCGUCCUGGUGCCCGUGGUGGGCCUCUUCUUCUGCCUGUGCCGCUGCUGCGACAACUGCGGCGGCGAGAUGCACCAGCGCCAGAGGAAGAACGCCGACUGCAGACGAGGCCUGCUGGGAACGCUGCUCUUCUCCGCCUCGCUGGUCGUCACGAUCGGCGUGUUGUGCGCGUACGCCGCCAAUCAGAACCUGAGCGCCCAGGUGAAGAAUAUCCGACGCCUGGUCAACAGCAACAUGCGGGACCUGCACGCCUUUGCCAACGACACGCCCAUGCAAAUCGAUUACCUCACGUCCCAGUACGCCACCGCCAAGAACCAAGUCCUCUACGACCUGGAAAACAUCGGGCCGCUCUUGGGCGGAAGGAUACGCGACGUGUUGGAUAAGGAGGUGCACCCGGCCUUGGAUGGCGUGCUGACAACAACACGAGCCAUGCGGGAAACCAAAGAGGCCCUGGAGAACGUGAGCGUGUCUCUGCAAGUGCUGCAGGACGCCACGGGCAAGCUGGACCUGAACCUGAGCCUGGUCAGGGCCAGCAUCCGGCGCUCCCUCGACGACCCGGGCUGCCACGACGAGGAGUCGGACGCCACCUCGGCCCAACUGUGCCGGGGAAUCCGCCGGUCACUGCAGCAGCUGCACGUCAGCGCCAACUUCACGCGGCUUCCCAACGUGAACGCUCAGCUGGAGAAGAUGGACGACGUGAUGAAAACGGACCUCAGCGCCGUCGUCAACAAGGGUUACGCCUCCUUGAACGACACUCCUUAUUUGGUCAUGGUUCAGACCCGGGGGGUUGUUGACAGGGUGCAGAAUUUGGUGGGCGACAUCGGCGAGAACGUGGCCAACCUGUCCAAAGCGUUCCCCCUGCACACGUCCCUGUCCAACUUCACCAUCUUCAUCAGCCACGUUCACGCCAAGAUCGAGGACCAGUACCCCGAAAUUGACAAGGUGGACUUCUACAGGUGGACGGGCUGCGUGGCUUUGUGCUGCAUGCUGGUUCUGGUGCUGGCCUUCAACUACCUGGGCCUGCUGUGCGGCACGCUGGGCUACGACAAGCACGCCUCGCCAACCACGCGGGGGUGCAUCUCCAACACGGGGGGCACCAUGCUCAUGGCCGGCGUGGGCUUCAGCUUCCUCUUCUCCUGGGUUCUCAUGGGCCUGCUGACCGCCAUCUUCCUGGCGGGGGGCAACGCGGAGAAGCUGCUCUGCGAGCCCUUCCACACCAAAGAACUCUUCAAGGUGGUGGACGCGCCGUACCUGGUGAACUCCGAGUGGAGGAACUUCAUCCCCGGGUACUUGUACAACGACUCGGAGCUGGAGCUCACGGCGGAGAGCUUCUAUAGCACUUGCAAACAAAACAAAGGCAUCUACUCGGCCCUUCGCCUGGAUAAAGUCUUCAACGUCUCGUCUUUCCUCAAUGCCACAAUGUUCACCAAGGACUUGGUUGCCCUGCUGAGCAGCGUGAAAAUCGACCUGAGAGGGGUCAUCUUGCUGGAAGCGGACGGCAAGCAGAACCUACUGGAUUUCGCCGAGGCGGGACUGUCGGAAACGAACUACGCGGACUACCUGGAAGAGGUCAACAAAGGCGUCACCGUGGUGGACUUGCUUUCCUUCGCCAACGAGCUGGAAGCCCAGACGGACCUGAUGCCUCGCGGCCCUUUGCAAGCAUCUCUGAAAGGACACGUGGGCACCGUGCGACAGAUCCACAGCCAGCAGGUGGUCCCCAUGCAGCAGGCCACGAGCGCCCUGAACCAGAGUAUGAGAUUCCUGGAAAGAACUGCUUCAGACCUCCCAAACAAAGUCUUAGCCGUGCUGGACGCAAUCAAGGCAGCCCAGUACCUCAUUUCCCAUAAUGCAACGCAACUUAUCAACCGGGAAAGUGCAAAAUACACAUCAAAUAUUGUGAGCUACUUCCUUCAAUACAUAGAGUGGGUCAAGGCAUCCCUGGCCUUGGAGGUGGCGCCGUGCAAACCUUUCAGUAAUGUGCUGGACACUGUGGAAAUCAUCACCUGCAGUUUCCUGGUGGACUCCAUGAACGUGUUCUGGAUGGGCCUGGGCUGCAGCACGCUCUUCCUCAUCGCGAGCAUCGUGCUCGCCGUCCGGCUGGCCAAGUUCUACCGCAGGAUGGACACGGAGGACGUUUACGACGAUAUGGAAAGUGGUAAUAAUGGUUAUCAUAGCGAGCACCCGCAAGGCAUCCUAAACCCUCCCGUGACCAGCAUCCCGACAUACGAUACCGUGAACCGAUUCCCGCGGGCCUCUGCUCCUCCGAGGCACAUCGACUGGUGACUCUUGUGGCUCGCGCAGCGACAGCUGCCACGACCUCCACUGGAACUAAAAAAAAGAAAAAAGUGUACGGAGACUGAAGUCAAAAACUGGAUUUUUCCGCGACGACAAAGAACUUUUGGAGUCCUUUCAAUGGGUUUUCAUCAUCGUUCCUGCAGGACAUCGACGGGCCGCCGUCCAGCUGUUUACAUUUCUUUGGACGCAAAAAAAGGGGAAAAAAACCUGGACUGCAAGAACUUCCUUAGGACAAGAAAAGUGGCAACGUAGUCACAGGACCCGCUGACGAGGUAGCUUCGUCAUUCUCCGGGACGGCGGAAAAUCGGACUUUUUGUUACGUUUGCAGCAUGUUGCCAUCAACAAGGUUACAAAAAAAAAAAAAAAAAGAAAAGAACUGGAGCUAGCAUGACUUUUACAUGUUUACAGUGGUACACAACAUGGCGUCAUCCUUGCAGAUGUUUUGGGGCUCGGUCGCGUUUCAGGUUAGCAUUUGCGGCUUUUCAAAGGGAUUCUUCGCCCUGACGUUUGCUUUCGCUGUUUUUAAAGUUUAUCAAGUCCGCGCGGCCUUUUGGUUUACCGUAAUUUCCGGCCUACUUUGCGCACCUGGUACCAAGCCUCUACGAGUACAUUUGUAAAGGAAAUAUAUACAUAAGCCGCAAGUACCCACAUUGAAACACGAGAUAGUUACAAAGAAAGACGGUACACAGAGAGUUUAACUCUAGGGCUACCGCGCUAGCACUAGCGCCACCACGCUAACACUAUAAUGCCGCGCUAAAGCUAGCGCUAACGCAAGUGCCACGCUAACAGGUCCGGUUAAAAAAAUAAUAAUAAAAAAAUACCCGUAAAAAUCACUGAGACAAGGCAGUAACACGCUAGCGUAGCACUAACAGGGCCAGACCGGUAAAAGCCACUUCCUCGGAACAUAUACAGUAUUCCACUGGUCUCACUCUUACCUUUUCCGCUCGAGUGCCCCCUUGCGGCAGCUAGAAAAAAAAUACACAAAUUAGCCGCAUUAGCGUGUGAAAAGAGUCACGGCUUAUAGGCCGGAAAUUACGGUAGUUUUCCUCGCAUCGGCCGUACGCUCGACUUUUGCCUGCUUUCGCAACUUCGACCAUACUCCGUGCGACGUCGUCGACAAAUUUGUGCUCCGACGCGGGUCGCUAUUUUAUCUUGAGCCCAUUUUUUGCGCGUCUGUAACGACACUUCAGAUCACCAUGUGGACCAAAAGUGAUAUAUUUUUUCAUUUUUGAUGAUGACAUUUUCCAACGUGGAUUUUAAUCUUUGAACAAUUAGUCGACGGUUUCCAGUUUAAAAGUAUUUUCCAGGCUCUUUUCCUUCUACGGAUGUGUUAAAAAAAAAAAAAAUUGCAGUUGAACCAAAGAGUGACUUUCUGUUAGUUAACUGAAACAUUCGACAUGACAAAUUAGAUGUCGAUAUUGAAAAAUAUGUAGAUAUUUUAAAACGAAGUACAUACUUGAGUUUCCUCCAUAGGUUACUAACCCCUCCCCCCAAAAAAUGGCACCACCUCUUUUUUUUAAUGACUCAAAUGGGAGAACAAUCACAAAUCAAACAAUCGGUACGGCCAAACCUCAAAAUCAAAAGCCGCGACGUAUCCUCCAUAGCUGUUUUGAUCAAAGUACUUUUCCUUUAUAAUUUCUGUUUUUCAUUUAUAUCUUUGGUGAAUUAACAUUUAAGGAUAAAGUGGAGGGAACUAUUGUUCUCACGCCAAAUUAGAUUUUUUUUUUUUUUUAACCAUAGGUCUCAGGUUAUUCCCCGCUAAUUUCCACUAAUUGUCCUUAUUUUAUUUUCAUCUAAACUACAUGAAUACAUUUAUCGAAUAUCGAGCUAGAGCAAGCGAAUGUAUUCCACUUCCUUUUUUUGUCAUUUUUGUACAUUGUACUUUAAUGCUAACUUGUCCUGCUAAGAGAUCGCCUCUGUGUUUACAGGCUAGUUGUUGCUAAUUGCUGUUUAUGUUUAAAUUUAAAAAUAAAAAAAAUAAAAAAACAAGCAAGACAUUCUGCUCGUGAUCAAAUCAGAGAUUUUUGUGUGAAAAAAAUAAAAAUAAAACGACAACAUCUGAAACUGCCCAGAAAAACAAGAUGGCCGACUGUAAGAUUAAGAUUUAUUUGAAAAAAAAAAAAAAUUAUCAAAAUGUGACUUAGCCGAUGCUUAAGGUUUUAAGAACUUUCCGAGUGCCGCAAUUCACGAAUUUUCAAGUUAUGAGCUGUCACCAUUUUUUUUUGGGGGGGGGGCUUUGUUUUGCAAUCCAAAAGUUCAGACACGCCAUCCUAUGAGUAAUGUUAUGAAAAUGAAUGUAUUUUCAGCCGCUUAUUGCCCAUGGCAUUCUUACACGAGUACUUGCAAAGAGCUGCUGUAGGCCACAGCUCACACCCGGGCGCUCACAAGUAGACUACCCGACUCAAGCUCCUGGUGUCACUCUCUAAGCCAUGCCUCUCAAAGGCACAAACCCAACCCAAGAAUACGGCAGUGCUUACAGUAACUACGCUAUAUAAAGCCACUUUAUUUCCUUACAUUCUCCUUUCUUCAUUUUUUUGUACAUAAAAAAAAGAGUGCUAUUUAAAACGCGUAACAAAAAAUGUUGGAGUUUAAUUUAAAAGGGGAAUAUUGAUUUGUGAAAUGAAUGCAUCGUUACAAACUUGAUCACCCGAUGAAUUAAAACUUGGAAGUCAAGGUAACAAAGUUUUUGUUCAAAGUAACGUUGAAAUGUCUUUUCAAAAAUUGCAUUUUGUUGGACCGAAAGUACUCGAUUUGGCCACUGAUGCUAAUCUGAGUUAGCUGCUAACGGGGAAGCUAGCCGUAAAUACAGUUGAAUGGAAGGAAACUCAUUUCCACACAAAAAUUGUCUGCAUAGCAACAGAGUGAACAGUUCUGAGCCCCCCGCCCCCCAAAAAAAAAAAAAAUUCUCACCUGUCUUGCUAGCGAAAAAAGAAAAACUGGGAUGUGAAACAUUCUUAGAGGGGGCAACGCUUGAUUUUUCUCAAGUG